AUGGAUAUACUGAAACGCUCCCGUCUCGACAAACUUGUUGACAAAGCAACUAAUGACCUUCUCCUUGAGCCGGAUAUCGAAAGCACUUUGGCAAUAUGCGAUUUGAUACGUGGCCAGGAAAUAAGCGCCAAAACUGCAGUGGCUUCCGUCAAACGGCGACUUCAGAGUGAAAAUACUAAUGUUACACUUCAUACGCUUUACGUGUUAGAGUCGAUGAUGAAAAAUUGUGGGUCUUCCGUUCACGAGGAAGUUGUUACACCUGAUUUCCUUCAAGUGCUUUCUUCUCUAACAUCGCGUUCACCUGAAGUGUGCACUCGCAUACUUAACUGCAUUCAAAAUUGGGCUUUCGUCUUUAAGGGGAGACCUGGUUUUGAAGCGAUACAUGAUGUCUAUGAAGACCUGAAAAGUGAAGGAUUCAGUUUUCCAGAGCUUUCUGAAAGCGAUGCUAUGUUCAGCGUUAUGUGUGCUCCAAACUGGAAGGAGGAAAAUUCUUGCCACCGUUGCAAAGUGGCUUUCACUACCUUCCGCCGUAGGCACCAUUGCCGGAAUUGUGGGAACAGCUUCUGUGCCGAAUGCUCUUCGGAACGUGCUGUCCUUCCCAAGUUUGGUAUCGAGAAAGAAGUCCGCGUGUGCGAUCACUGUUUUCAACAGCUCAUUCGCGGGCCAUCGCAAGAGAAUUUACCAACCGAGAAACAGCUCCCACCGGUUCGUGAUGUAAAGGCCCCACAGGAGAAGGAGCUUUCGGAUCGCGAACUAGAAACACGUGAGGCCGAAGAGCUGGAGUUGGCAUUGGCUCUUAGUGCAAGCGAGGCAGAGUGCAAGGCGCGCGAGCGUUGUCGCCUCGUUGAGGUUCCGCAAAAACCACAGGAAAAUGGGGAGCGUAACACCGGCGGACCACUACAACUUCUGCCUGUUCUAGACACUAGUGAAAUGGAUCCGGAAUUGGCGCGCUAUCUUAACCGCCAUUACUGGGAGAAUCGGGCUGCCGGUAUCAGUGGGGCCAAGGAGAGUGCCAAACAAGAGCUUCUGCGAAGUUCACCGACACCUCAACCAAGUGCACCACUUUACACUUCCCCUGAGCCUCCGGUUGCUCCGUCUCCGGCUAUGGUCCCUGUCAAUGGUUUUCCAACAACGUCUGACUAUUUACUGAAAUCUGGCAAUGAGAACAAUACCCAGGCCUCCGUCCAAGAUGCAACCGGCCCUCCGGAGUUGACUAACUCGAAGCAAGAGGAGUUUCUGAGCGCACUAUCUAAAAGUCUUGAAUUCUUUGUGAACCGUAUGCAAAGUGAUAGUCAGCGUGACCGAAGCAUUGCCAAUGACACAACCGUACAAGCUUUGUUUCUCACACUGCACGAAAUGCACCCUGAGCUGCUGCGCCAAAAGAAAUCGAUGGAAGAAAGACGAGCUCAUUUUGAACGACUGCAGGAUAAGUUGACCCAAUUACGAGAGGCACGUGAAGCGUUGAAUGCCUUACGCGAAGAACACGCUUUACGGCGACAGUUGGAGGAACAAGAGGCGGCACGUCUUCGCCAGUUACAGAUGAUGCAAAAGUUGGAGGAGAUGCGCCAGCAAAAAAGGGACACGCUGGAGUAUCGUCGUCGCUUAGCAAUGGAACAGACAUUGCACUACCAACAACAGUAUCAACCGGAAGCACAGUCUGCAGCCUCCCGUCCAAUUGACCAAAUCACCGGUCUCCCCUUUAUGCCACCCGUCGGCUCCUAUGCUCCUCCAUACACCUUUUCGGACGCAAUGUACGCUAGUUUGGCGUCUACUCAGUACUCUUACCCUCCAGUCACUACUUACGGUGUCAGAGCUCCCGUCUCCGAGGCAGGCUAUGCCACUCGGGAUGUCGACAGUACGACAUAUUAUCAGAACCAGCUACCGCAGACACAGCACCGUCCCUACAUAUACAAUUACCCCCCUCAACCGACCACAGCUUUCUCACAUCCUCAUCCAACACCCUAUACAAUGCAGCAGCUGGAAACUGCCCUACCUACUUAUGCUGACCCAGCACAGCUAUAUCAACCACAGGCCCAAGGACAACCAUUUCAUUCCUCAAACCUUGCGCUAUCCGAUGCACCCAACCCGAUAAUGUUGCGAACACGGGAACCGCCAGCAACAGAAACUCGUGCGGCUUCUCCACCAUCGUCUGGUUCCUUUAUCUCAUGCCUUUCGCCUGGAUCAUUUAUUUACUUUGCGAUAAACUUCUUUCAAGGUUCAAUAUGA